AUGCGACUAAAACUGGGGAAUCGCGGCGCAUGCACCUCUGCUGGCAGAGUCACGGCCCAGCUGCUCUUAUCGUUCCUCGCGGUAUCGCCAACCUUGACAUACGCAGGGGAAGCUCCCCAACAAGAACAAGCAGUCCUGCCUCCUGGACCGUUGCUGCCGCCAACCACCCAACAACCCCUUUCAGACGAGCACCUGUUUACACUACGACACGUUUUCCAUCACGGCACUUAUCGCCAUCCUGACUUACACCGACGGAGGGAUGUCCGUAGCCACGCAAACGACGCCGAGAGCCAGGUGUGGCUGGCCGCAGAGGAUGGCUUCGAGAGGGAGAGGGUCACGCCCCUGAAGGCUCGGAGCUCGCCGCUCAAGAUAGAACGCUUGGUCGAUCGCCGCCCGUCUGUUGUAGACCCCAUGGUCACCGAAGCCCGACAGCGCGGCUAUGUGAACAUCAUGUCGCCCUCAUCCUGGACCACCGACGAAGUCCCCGGACCCAACAUCACCGACAAGGCGACCGUGCUGAGUAUGGCGAUGAUGGCAGCGAACGCGUACGUCGAGGAGGAGGGACAAGCGGACUGGGAAGAAGUCGGCGGCCCGUACAAUAGGAGUGCGGACUUUGGAUGGGAGACCGACGGUUUGCGCGGUCACAUCUGGGCCGAUGCGACGAACUCGACUGUUGUCAUCGGACUGAAGGGCACGUCCCCCGCGGUUUUCGACGGCGAUGGCACCACUACCAACGACAAAAUCAACGACAACCUUUUCUUCAGCUGCUGCUGUGCUCAGCAAGGACAGUGGACCUGGCAUCAAGUUUGCGACUGCGCCACGUCUACUUAUUCAUGCAACAACACCUGCGUCGUUCAAGCACUCAAGGAUGAGCACCGAUACUAUACAGCGGCUAAGGAACUAUACUCCAACGUCACCGAGAUCUUCCCCGAUGCAAACAUUUGGCUGUCUGGCCACUCCCUGGGCGGCGCCGUUAGCUCCUUACUGGGGUUAACCUACGGUGUGCCUGUCGUUACCUUCGAAGCCGUACCAGAGGCGCUCGCUGCCGGCAGACUGGGCUUGCCAGUACCCCCAGGAGCCGAGCAGAUGGUCCACCAAGCUCGUCAGAAUACCGGUGCCUUCCACUUUGGUCACACAGCAGACCCCAUUUACAUCGGCACCUGUAACGGCGCAACCGCGACCUGUUCUUUCGCCGGAUACGCCAUGGAGUCCGCCUGCCAUACCGGAGUUGAGUGUGUUUACGACGUAGUGGCCGACAAGGGAUGGCGUGUUGGUAUCGGAACACACAAGAUUCGAUCAGUCAUCCACGACGUGAUCGAGAAGUAUGAUGAUGUCCCGGUCUUCGACGUCGACAAGGUCGACGACUCGCACUCGCACUGCUACAUGCCAGACUCCUGGCUGGUGGGGAUGUUUGGACGAGACGACGACUACGGGCGGUCCCACAACCACCACCUCCACGUCGACGACUUCAACUUGCAAGACACCCGGAUGGUUUGGAUGCAAGGACAAGACGACGACUAUGUCCACUACGACAACUACUACGUCAACAACGACGACAAGCCGUUUCUGGGGAUGCAAGGACGCGGUCUCGACGACGGCCUCUCUACCUGUAACAACCACUUCUCAUCUAAUCACCUCGGCCCCUCCCGCGCCGACCGCAACUCCGACUACGGCACCCACCAAGGCACCUUCAGAGCCCGAAUGUCGCAGAAGAUACUGGUUCGGAUGGUGCAAGGAGUGGGACCAGGUUUCUGA